AUGGUUCGCGUAUCUGUCCUAAACAACAUGGUCAACGCCGAGCGCCGUGGCAAGCGCCAGGUGCUUGUCCGCCCCUCCUCAAAGGUCGUCGUCAAAUUCCUUAGUGUCAUGCAGCGCCAUGGCUACAUUGGCGAGUUCGAAAUCAUCGACGAUCACAGAUCAGGAAAGAUCGUAGUCCAGCUCAACGGACGUCUCAACAAAACAGGCGUCAUUUCUCCCCGAUACAACAUCCAAGCGAACCAGAUCGAAAGCUGGGUCAACUUGCUGCUCCCAGCUCGCUCAUUUGGUUACAUCAUCUUGACUACGUCUUCCGGCAUCAUGGACCACGAAGAAGCUCGCCGCAAAAACGUCGGCGGCAAGCUUCUCGGAUAUGUCUACUAA